CUGUGAGAGAGAAGUCGCAGGGAGUACCGUGGAAACACACGGGACUUGUAUUCAGUCCAACUCGAUCCUCGAACUGGUCCCGUGUGCGUGCGUGCGGCGUCAGUCACAGCAUCCGCGUGGUACUUGACAUUUCGUGCGUUUCGCGUCGCAAGUUGUAUCGCGAGAUAAGCUACCCCGCUAAAUAAUUACCGAUGAGACGAAUAGCGAUCCAAAGGAAACACGUGAAACACACAUGAAAAGGUCGAAAGGAUUUGGCUUGGUUUCUUUUUCGGAGCGGACUCGGAUUGAUAAAGAACUCGACACGACGGAGGGUUGAAGGAUCGUCGAUACGAGAUCGAAGCGUGCUGGUGAGCGAGACAACAGAUCCAUCAGCGAAGAUGAACGGCUUGACGGUUUGCUUGGUGCUCCUCCUCUCGAUGAUGCCGGGAAUUCUCAGCUAUUGUUCAUUGUCAACAAUACCACCGGAAAAUUCGCGGAUGACGCAGAACAUUCUCAAUGAUGGUACUAUGCAAUUUAUAUACCAAUGCAGGAAGGGCUAUAGAAUCAAGGGUCACAAGGUGCGGACUUGCAUCAACUUACAGGAUUGGGACUAUCCUGCUCCGGAAUGCGUGCCUCGAAGUUCAUCACCACGUCGGCGUCCCGAUCUCUAUCUAGGCGAUGAACCGGUUGAGGAACCGAUUGCUUUGCCCGGAGUUGAAUUUCUAGGCGUGAAAGAAUAUCUAAGGAUGUCGAAUAAUACAGACGAAUUGAAAAAGCCCAGAAACGCGCAAAAGGACGGCAAGAAGAAAAAGAGAAAAAGGAAGAAGUCGAAAUCCUUGUCGAAACCAUCCACGGCGAAGAAGUUAAAUGAAACUGUGGUGUCCCAGCUCGAUAACAGUUGUUUCGUAAAGACUCGCCGAAAGAGGCUCAUCAAGGCGCCUUUGAUCGAACACGCUUACCUCGCCAAGUACGCCAGAAGGAAGAACGUCCUGCCACCGUACAAUCGAUACCUCGUUGCGGUUUACGAAUGCGCGGACGGUUACGUGUUCGUGGAAUCGACGACGGACAGACUCUUCUGCAGCAACGGCACUUGGCUCGGACGUCGUCCGAAAUGCAUUAAAGAGAAUCAACCGCCGAUCGACAAGGUGAAACGUUGCGACCAGGGUGCAGGCGAAUGCGAACACGUUUGCGAGGAUACGCCGACCGGUAUAAAGUGCUCCUGCUUCGACGGCUUUCGAGCAGAAGGAUCUUCCUGUAUAGACAUCGACGAGUGUGCCGAAAAUAAAACGCAAUGUGCUCAUAUCUGUCACAACGAACUCGGUUCCUAUUCCUGCGAGUGUCAUCAUGGUUUUCAAUUGGGAACCGACCGUCACUCUUGCCAAGAUAUCGACGAGUGUCUCUCGAAUAAUGGACACGGACCUUGUCAAGGCAGUUGUCGCAAUUUCGUUGGCGGCUACGAGUGCAGUUGCACGAAUAUUCCUGGAUAUAAAUUAGCUGCUGACAAUCACACUUGUGAGGACGUGGACGAGUGCGCUGUAAAUAACGCAAACUGCUCUCACCUGUGCUUGAAUACACCUGGAAGUGUCUUCUGUCUCUGUCCGGAUGGCUUCUAUCUAACUGACGAUUGGAAGACUUGUCAAGACAUUAAUGAAUGCAAAACGACGGAGAAGAUUUGUACGGAAGACACCGAGUGCGAAAAUACAAUGGGAUCAUACAAGUGCAUAAGUCGAAUAGUACAUCCAAACAUGGCAACGAAGUUCCUUCGAGAAGAAGAUUACGAUAGCGAAAGGGAAGACGACAACGAGAAGGACGAUGACGACGACGAGGACGAGGAUGAUUACGAAGAAGAGAUUACCGAAGUUCCGGAGAAUCCGCGCAAGUGCGAGGACGGAUUCGAGAGAAAUGAAAAUUUCGAGUGCGUCGAUAUAAACGAGUGCGAGAACAAUUCGCACGGCUGUCAACACGAAUGCAUCAACGAACCUGGCCGUUACCGUUGCACCUGUCACGACGGCUACGUCCUCGCGGAGGAUAGAGCGACGUGCGAGGACGUGGACGAGUGCGCCAACAGGUCAUCACCGUGUUCCCACAUCUGUCGCAACACCAUCGGGACGUACACGUGCGAGUGUCCUCCGGGAUUCAUCCUGACGGACGACAACGCGACCUGCGCGGAACGGAAGUAUUGCAUGCACCUAAAUCUUUGUUCGCACAUCUGCGAGUACACCAAAGACGGUCCAAGAUGCGUCUGUCCGCUCGGAUUCUACUUGUCCGAUGAUCGAGUGACUUGCUUGGACGUCAACGAGUGUCUGGAGUUCACCGUGUGUUCGUAUGAAUGUGUCAAUACUCCUGGUAGUUACAGGUGCGCCUGUCCGCCAGAUAUGAGACUGGCCGAGGAUGCCGCUUCAUGCGAGGUUUCCACGUGUCCUCCAGGACUUAAGCGAGACGACGAUGACAGUGAGUGUCGAGAUAUCGACGAGUGUCUAGAUGGCGAGUACGAGUGUUCGCAUUUGUGCGUCAACACGUACGGGUCCUAUCGUUGUUCGUGUCCUUCCGGAUGGAUCCUGGAGAACGACAAUUUCACCUGCGCGAAGAUCGAUCCUUGCUCCGAUUCUCCUUGUUCACAUUCGUGCGUCGCGACAGGUUCGAAAUAUAGAUGCGAGUGUCCUGCGGGUUAUUUUGUGAACGUUUACGGCAAGUGCGAGGAUAAGGACGAAUGCCAGAGUGAAAUGACGAACGAUUGCAGUCAUGAUUGCAAGAAUCUCGAGGGAUCCUACUUGUGUUCCUGUCCGAUAGGAUUCGAACUCGGAGAAGACAAUCGUACAUGCGUCAUCCAGAACGAGUGUACAGACCCCCAAGAGAAUAACAACUGUACCUGUUCCGCGGGAUAUUCGUAUUCGUAUAAGGAGCAGAUCUGCGUGGACAUCGAUGAAUGCCAGGACGAACGGGAAAAUAAAUGUUCUCAUGAUUGUAUCAAUACUGACGGCUCUUAUUCGUGUCAAUGUCCUUCGGGCUGGCGUCUGCAAGAAGACUCUAGGACCUGCCUGCAAUUAUCGACAGAUGAUCCUUGCGUCCAGGAUCACGGUUGCUCGCAUACAUGCGAGCAAAACGACGGGAGGAUACGUUGCGGCUGCCCGGAAGGAUACGAGUUACAGGACGACGAGAAGACUUGCCGAGAUGUGGACGAAUGCACCGACGGAUCUCACGCGUGCAGUCACGUCUGCGUUAACACCGAAGGUGAUUAUUUUUGCGAGUGUCCUUCAGGAUAUCAAUUGCGCGAUGAUGACAGAAACUGUCAGGACAUCGACGAAUGCUCCAUCGAGGAUACCGGCUGCUCGCACGGAUGCUCCAACACAAACGGCACCUUCGAUUGCACCUGCCCCGAAGGAUACGAGUUGCAGGACGACGGCAGGACCUGCGAGGACAUCAACGAGUGUAUUCGGAAUAACGGUGAAUGUUCGCAUCUGUGCGCGAACACCGAAGGUAGCUUCGAGUGCGCGUGUCCCGACAAUUACAAAUUAUUGAAGGACGACGGCAGAACAUGCGUUGAAAUAAACGCGUGUUCCAUCGACAACGGAGGAUGCUCGCAUUUCUGUCGUCAGGACGAGAACGGCCAGGCGUUCUGCUCCUGUCCGUUCGAAAUGACCUUGUCAGAGGACGGUGCGACGUGCGCGUACGAGAACGAGUGUCUGAAUGAAAAUAACGGCGGUUGUUCCCAUCUGUGCUAUCAGGAAGACGGAAACGUGACUUGCGCCUGUCCAUCCGGUAUGAUCCUGGCGGAGGAUGGGCAGCUUUGCGUGGUAAAUGGAUGUAAGAUCGAUAACGGCGGUUGUUCCCAUUUAUGCCACGAUGACGAGGACAGUAAUGUGACGUGUUUGUGUCCUCCGGGGAUGUCCCUGUCGCAGGACGACGACACCCUUUGCGUCGAAAAUAAUCGAUGCCUGAUUGAUAAUGGCGGAUGCUCGGACAUCUGCGUCUGGGUGAACGAUUCGAUCGUCUGCGAGUGUCCUGAUGGUUACCAUCUGUCAUCGCAGGACAACACAACCUGCGUGGACAUCGACGAGUGUCUGGAACUGCGCGACAACUGUACUCAUCGAUGUCUGAACAUACCCGGCGAUUUCGACUGUGCUUGCAACGCCGGUUUCACGCAGAAUUCUCAGGAUCCAACUCUUUGCGACGACAUCAACGAAUGCGAAAGCGAGACCGCGAAAUGUUCGCAUUUGUGCGUGAAUCUCGUAGGUUCCUUCCGAUGUCUGUGUCCAGCGGAAUACAUUCUGGAGCGAGAUAACAGAACCUGCGUACCAGUGGAUGGUUGCAAGCACAACAAUGGCAACUGUUCUCAUUUCUGUAAUCGGGAAAACGAAACUUCCGAUGGAGUCUCGAGCGUCGUCUGCUCCUGUCCGCUCGGUUACCGCUUAAAACGCGAGGAUCCCAAGACCUGCGAGGACAUUAAUGAGUGCGAAGAUUUUGAAAAUGACGUGGAAUCAGGUUGUUCGCACAAGUGCGUAAACACCGAAGGCGGUUAUCGUUGCGAGUGUCCCACCGGCUACGUCCUGACGCCGGAGGACAGAAAAAACUGCGUGGAGGUGGACGAGUGUUUGACAGAUGAUCACAAUUGCACCCACGAGUGUGUGAAUCUGCCAGGUGGUUACACGUGCGCUUGUCACGCGGGAUAUUACUUGCACACCGACGGGUCAAACUGUUUCGACAUCGACGAGUGUCAGGAGAGGAACGGCGAAUGUUCCCACGUUUGCACCAACACCGCCGGCGGUCAUCUCUGCUCCUGUCCAUCCGGAUAUGAGCUGUCUCAGGACGAGAGAAGCUGCAUGGACGUCGACGAAUGCGCGAAUGAUAACGGGAUUUGCGACGAGCGUGCCACGUGCGUCAACACCGUGGGAUCCUUUCUCUGCGAAUGUUUGCCGGAUCACGUGCGACGAAACGGCACCUGUCGACCGUCCGAUCCUUGUCAGGAUCAGCUUAACGGCGGCUGCGAGCAGAUCUGCGUCGCGGUAAACGGUACCGCGGUGUGCUCGUGCGAGAAAGGUUUUCAGAAGAGCGGAAUCGAUGCUUCCGAGUGUCACGACAUCGACGAAUGCGCCGAGGGACAGCACAACUGCGAGCACAUCUGCGUCAAUAAACCUGGCUCGUACGAGUGCGGGUGCAAAGAAGGAUUUCGGAUGGUAAACUCCACUUGCGUAGACAUCAACGAAUGCCUCGAAAGGGCACCCUGCAACGAGAAAUGCAUCAAUACACCUGGCUCUUAUUACUGUACGUGUCCUCUCGGAUUUCAACUGCAAAAAAACGAAUGCGUAGAUAUCAAUGAGUGCGAAUGGAAUCGCGACAGAUGCGAUCACGAGUGCAUCAAUACCGUGGGAUCUUUUGUCUGCGCUUGCCGUACCGGAUAUACGUUAAUUACGAGGGGACAAUGUCAAGACGUAAACGAGUGUCUAAACCGAAACGGCGGUUGCACCGGAGAGUGCGUCAAUACCGCCGGAAGUUACUACUGUAGUUGCAGUGUGGAUUUAGUGUUGGCACCCGACGAGAGAACUUGCGUUUCGCCGACAUCGAGAUGUCACGCCAUGGAGCCACCUUUACACGGAGAGAUCAGAUGUCCCGGUCACUCUUCCGGCGCAUCCGUCUACCCGCAGGGUGCCAAAUGUCACGUUCGAUGUCGCAGAGGAUUCCGACUGGAAGGGGCGCACACGAGACACUGCGUUAGUGACGGCCGAUGGAGCGGGAAAGAGCCUAUCUGUCUGCGCGAAGUUGUGACAGACUCCCUUUACAAUCCAAACACGCCACGACCGUUCGUGAGCUGCCCCCAGGACAUGGACGUCGAACUGCCGGCCAGGCAAAACACUAUACGCGUAACUUUCCCGCAACCAAAGUCCAACAUGAACUGGUGGAGAUACGUACACGCCUCACCCCCGUGGGCGAAGCAAUUGCAAGCGGAUCUGCCGGCGGGUACGACGGUCGUUACCUUUACGGCGUGGUCGCCGGUCUCUAAUUACACCAGCACCUGUAGAAUUGUGAUAAGAGUGCGCGAUACGGAAAACCCCAAAGUUACAAUGUGUCCCACGUCCUUCGAAGUCAGAUUGAGUCCGGGGGAGCGAAACCGUCUGAUAUUCUGGCAAGAGCCAACGUUCACCGACAACGUCGCAGUGGAACACGUUUAUAAGACGAAGGGUCCCGGACACGUGAUGUAUCCCGGAGUUCACAGCGUGCGCUACGUCGCCUCGGAUGCAGCCGGAAAUCGAGCCGAAUGCCAUUUCUCGAUACACGUGAGAGAAUCCGAGGAGGAUCAUAAUCAUAGUUCCGAACCGAGAUUCUACAGAAGAAAGAUGCUGAUGUGUCCCGGCAGACCGCCCCAGUCCGUGCCGAGCUCCUCUUACAACUGGCAAAUACCAAGCGGUUGUUACCUGAGAUACACCAGAAUCUUCUCGGGAGCUUAUCAGCGGCAUCCGGAACGUCGGCAGAACGGUUAUCAGGAUGCUGGCGCUUCUUAUCGCGAACUUCCGCCCAUCCAGCAGAUCCAAACUCGCGAAGACGUCGCCGCGCCGUACAACAAUGAUGAUUAUCGACACUCCGGGCGACAGCAUGAACCCUGGCAAGCUCAGGAGCAGCGGCGGCGGCAGCAGCAGCAGCAGCUGUUGCACCGGCAAUAUCGGCAACGCGCGACGAGGACCGAUCACGUAGUCUCGCCACCGACUCAUUACGGUGGCGCGGGCCGCGUCGAGACGAGAAUAUUGCCGCCGCGGCAUGAAUGUUGCACGUAAGAGCAACCCGUGAACGACGUGUAAUAAGCGAACACGUAAGUUAAGUCGGCGCGAGGGAAAAUUCCAAAUCGCGCUGGAGCAUCUGCGGACAAUCUUGACUCGCGUAUACAGGAUGUCCAGGCACCAAUCAUUUUCGAGUUAUAAACUGUUGAAAAUGAAAGCUUUCUUUUGUAAACUAAGCCUUGGAAAAAUAAAUUAUUAACAAGACUA